CUCGGGGAGCUGGUUACUACCUGCCCUGCCACUUGUAUAACUCAUUACCAUCUGUCCUGCCACUGGGAUAACUAUUUAUUGUCUGUCCUGCAGUUGAGUUAACUAGUUACUGCCUAUCCUGCCACUCAGAUAACAAGUUACUUUCUGUGCUGUUUCUGGGAUAAAUAAUUACUAUCUGCACUGCAGUUGGGAUAAUUAGUUACUCUCCAUCCCGCUACUGGGAUAGCUAGUUACUCUCUGUCCUGCAACUGGGAUAACUAGUUACUGUCUGUCCUGCUGUUGAUAUAAUUGAAACUGGGAUAACAAGUCACUAUUUGUCCUGUGCCUGGGAUAACCGCAACUAGGAUUACUAUUUCAUGUCCCUCCUGCCACUGGGAUAAAUAUUUACUAGGGCAGCUAUUUAAUCAUUCUUACUGGACUGCACUGCCACUGGAAUAACUCUCUACUGGACUGUGAUCUUUCUCAGGAUUUGUGCGGCACUGCUCAGACUUUCCGUGUGCAAGUAUUUGUAUAUGAACAAUGGUUGCUGCGUGUGAGCUCAUCGCCCUUUGCCUGGGCAUCAUCGGACUGGUGGGCACUUCCGCAACCACAGGCCUCCCCAUGUGGAAGGUGACAGCCUUCAUCCAGGAGAACAUUAUCACUAUGGAGACACGCUGGGAAGGCCUCUGGAUGAACUGUUAUCGGCAGGCCAACAUCCGUAUGCAGUGUAAAGUGUACGAUUCCCUGCUGUAUCUGCCUCCGGAGCUCCAGGCAGCCAGAGGCCUUAUGUGUUGUGCUGUGGCUUUGAGUUUCCUAGGCUUGUUAGUGGCCCUCCCAGGCCUCCAUAGCACAGCCUGCCUUCAGGAUCAACUGCGCAUCAAGGCCCUAAUUAUCAAAGUUGCCGGUGCCAUGGAGAUCAUGGCUGCACUCUGCGUAAUCAUCCCCGUCUCCUGGACAGCCCAUGUCAUCAUCCAGGACUUCUACAACCCGCUGUUGCUGGAUGCCCAGCGCAGGGAACUGGGUGAGGCACUCUACAUUGGCUGGGUCACAGCAGCCUGCCUCCUCGCCUCUGGUGUCGUCUUCCUCGUCUGCCGAUCUGCUUCAGAAUCUGACUUGUCUCAGUUUUAUCGGCCCAUGUACGCAACCAAUAGCACGACUUUGUCCCAUGUCCAUCCCUUUAUGCCCACUCCGAGUCCACUCAGCUCCAUACCCCAGCAGCCGCUCCUACCCAAUCACAACCUGUACCCUCAGCCGUCCAUAUCUUCAACCUACAGCCCUGUAGCAGUGACCCCUGAUGGCCAGCCUGUGCUUUACAGUGGCCAACAUGUCCCUCCUAAUGUUCCUGUGGUGUACAACGCCAAUAUGAUGCCCAACCGCCAGACCCACCUGCCCGCACAUAUUUCGGGGAGACUCUCCACACCCAGAAACUCCACUCACCCUAGUGUGAUGUCUGCACCCCCUCCUCCCCCACACAACAACAUACAGCUCACCCAACACACACCUGUUUUGUAUGAAUAUGGCUACUCCAGAGACAGGCCGCAGAGCCCCGUGUCCCACACCAAUUCUGGAAUGUACAUAUGAGGACAUUUUUACCACACUGUCUGUAAACCUUCUAUCCCUCCAAGGGAGUAUAAACAGCUCGGAAUGACACUUCAUAAUUUAAAAAAAAAUCUCCUGCCUUGUUACAAAACAGGGCUUGUUAUUUUGUAUCCAAUGCAAACUGGAGGAGUUAUUCUUAGUCAUUCUUACUAAAACUUCUAUAUUUAAUUUCAUUCAUAGUUCAAUCAUUCAGAUGUCAUUCGAAGUGAUGUUUCAAGAGAAACUGUGAGUUGUGGUGGUGAUAGCAACCAGACAUCCACCUCUAAAAGCUCUCUUACAGACAGUUAUGUGAAAUGGCUAUGAAUU